CAGCGACAUGAGCUACUACCAGGUGCCGGUGGUCAUCGACAACGGCUCGGAAGUCAUCAAAGCGGGCCUGGCUGGGUCUCGGGAGCCCCAGUUUGUCUACCCGAACAUCAUCGGUCGCGCCAAAGGCCACAACUUGGCGAGCGAGGGCGCGUCCGAACUGUACGUGGGCGACCAGGCGCAGGAGCGGAGGAACGCGCUGUCCAUCAGCUACCCGGUGGAGCGAGGCCUCAUUACUUCCUGGGGGGAUAUGGAGAACAUGUGGAAGCAUAUGUAUGAUUAUAACCUGAAGCUAAAGCCCAGUGACGGUCCAGUGUUGCUUACCGAGCCAGCACUCAACCCACUGGCCAACAGGCAGCAAAUCACUGAAGUGCUUUUUGAGCACCUGAAUGUCCCUGCCUUCUACAUGUCCAUCCAGGGGGUCCUGGCUCUCUUUGCUGCGGGCUUCACAACUGGCUUUGUGCUGAGUGCAGGUGCUGGCGUUACCCAGAGUAUCCCUAUCUUUGAGGGCUACUGUCUUCCCCACGGGGUCCUGCAGCUAGAUCUGGCAGGCAUCGACCUCACCAACUUCCUCACGUCGCUGCUGAAGGACCACGGGAUCAUGCUGCUUGGUUCUACAGACAGGAGGAUUGUUGCAGACAUUAAGGAAACUUGUUGUUAUGUGACAAUGAACUACGAAGAGGAAAAAUGUAAGAAACCAGAUUGUAUAGAGAAAGUGUACCAGUUACCUGAUGGGAAGGUGAUCCGGCUCCAUGACCAGCUCUUCCAUUGUCCAGAGACCCUCUUCAGUCCGGCACUCAUGAACCUGGAUGCUCCUGGCAUUGAUAAGAUGUGCUUCAACAGUAUAAUGAAGUGUGAUUCAGACCUGAGGAGUUCCUUCUUCUCCAACAUCAUCCUUGCUGGGGGAUCAACCACUUUUCCUGGCUUAGACAAGCGUCUAGCUAAGGAUGUAGCAAAGUUGGCUCCUCCUAACACCCCUGUGCAGAUUAUAGCUCCCCCAGAAAGGAAAAUAUCCGUGUGGAUGGGAGGGUCUAUUCUUGCGUCCCUGUCAGCUUUCCAGGACAUGUGGAUUACUGCUGCAGAAUUUAAAGAAGUUGGACCCAACAUAGUGCACCAGCGAUGCUUCUGAGUACAGAUAAAAUGGCUAAAAGAAAGCAUUUGGAGAAUUUGUGAUAAAACUGGAUUUUAUGUGUUUCUGGGAGAACAAAAAUAUUUCGGUUGGAAUGCCCAUGCCUCUUGCAUAUCUAUAAUGGGAGAAAUCACAGUGAUGUCAUGAAAUACCGUGUUUUAUUUAGUAGAACUAAAUUAAAUGUUAGUAGAAACAAUUUUUAUCUUGAAGAUCUUUUCUUAUUUGUUUUGAUGCUCAGGUUACUUCUGGCUCUGUACUCAAGAAUUACUCCUGGUGGUGCUCA